AUGGCACCAGUGAUGGCACCAGUGAUGGCAUCAGUUAGAAUUUUUCUUUAUUCUCCACAGUCAAUCUGUCGCUUCCUGGGCAGUGAUCUGGUCACCAUCACCAGUCACACCGACGAUGCCUUUGUCAGAGGGUAUGCGACCCAGCGGGGAAAAGCUGAAAGAUACUACCUGGAGGGCUCCGACCUCGGCCUAGAGGGACACUGGAUAUGGACGGGGAACAAGCCCUUCACUUACACCAACUGGGCACCAGGGCAACCAUCUAACUUACGAAAUAAUGAACACUGUCUCGAAGCUAACAAAGGUUAUGGAUACGGAUGGAAUGAUGUUCAUUGUGACAUGAAAGCAAAUUUCAUUUGUCAGAUGUCGCCACUGAGAGGAUAAAUAAAACUGGUUGUUGCAGUCUGUCUCUGACAGCAACAAUUUCACAUGUGUGAUUAAGAAA